AUGAAGGACAAGUUCGUGGUAUCCGUGUUAUCUUUGCUCCUCGGCCAGGGCUUGGCUGAAGAACGCCACUACCCCCUUGUUACAUCCCUUGGUGCUCUCCGCGUAUUGCACUACAACAACCUUGGCCCUCAGAACAAUGGUACUUCUGUCGUAUUAGCGCAUGAACACUCGAGCUAUGCCGAUGCGACUGCAAAAUGCACUGCCAUUGGCGAGAAGCUCUUCCCGUGGUCUUCGAAGCAAAACGACAGUCAAGUCGAACUCGGCUAUGAGCUAGACUACCUCGUCUUUGAGAAGGAGCUAGGAGCCGAUGAUUACCUGUGGCUGUCAACAGAACAGGACUCUCACAAGAACUGUUUUGCUUUCUCGAUCUCCGAUCGCCAGAUCGUUCCGAAACAAUGUAGAGAGAAGCUACCAGCCCUCUGUACUUCAACUCCGCCCGCAACAACCGAUCUCGACGGAGCUGCAAGGGAAGCUGCGAAGCUGACUGUGACAUCCAAUGAUUAUACCUUCACCGGAUAUCGGGAUGCACGAUCCUUCCGCUUCCUUGGCGUGCCUUUUGCAAGUCCCCCAAUCGGGGACUUGCGCCUUGCCCCACCGCAAGGCUACACAGGGCAGAAGAAUAUCGAUGCGACUAGCAUGGGGGAUAUAUGCAUUCAAUCCCCCUCACCUCUUAGCACUGUGCCUAUUCGUGGAAUGUCCGAGGACUGUCUUUACCUGAACGUCUUCACCCCACUCCUCCCUCACGAUGACACAAAGAAUACCGCACUCCUCCCCGUGGCUGUUUAUGUGUAUGGUGGUGCAUUCACAAAAGGCUCCUCAUCUAUGAUCGAUUAUGACGGGGGAAACUUCGCUAGCCGCAGCGAUGUGGUCGUCGUCACGCUUAACUAUCGGCUUGGAGCAUUGGGCUUUCUCUCGACGGGGAAUCUGACAACCGGAAACUACGGUAUCCAAGAUCAGAUCAUAGCUUUGGAAUGGGUCCAAAAACAUAUUUCUGCCUUGGGGGGUGAUCCGUCUCGUGUUACUGUCUUCGGCCAGUCCUCUGGAGGUCAAAGCGUGGUAGCCCUGCUCUCUUCAACUGCAGCAAAGGGUCUCUUCUCCAGCGCGCUGGUACAAUCAGCAAAUUUCGAUCUCCCUUGGUUCUCUCGCGAUCUUUACUCCAAAUAUAUCGCCCCAGAAAUCGCAAACGCAGUUGGCUGUGAGGGCAAUGAUUUGGAAGAAAGUCUCGUCAAGUGCCUUCGUUCCGUCCCGGCUUCAAUGUAUCUCGAUAACUCAACCGAGUUCCAGACUGCUACAAAGACCUUCUCAUCCACCAUCGCAAAACAUUUCUACAACAACACUCAAGCAACAGCUGCAGAUGAGCCAUUCAUGCCGAUGGUAGAUGAUACCGGAUCGGGCGUAAUCGACGACCAAUUCAACGUCCUACUAACAAACAACAACCUCCCCAUCAACGUCCCAACCAUGUUCACCACUGUCCGGGACGAGGCAAGCCUCUACAUGGACAUUCUCGGUUCGACAAAAGCCCCACUCGCUACAUUGCUUAAUGCCAUAUUAGGCGAGACUCUCGCUCAGAAAAUUAUCGCCUCGGGUGCAUACAACGUCGAUGAUUCGGACACCGACGCCGUCCUCAACGCUAUUUCCGAUGCUCUGACGCAUAGUCAGUGGACUUGUCCACAGGGUUAUCUUCUCGAUAACUCUAAUUCCGCCUUCCCUUCACUAUACGAAAUCCAAAUAACAGAUGGUCAUGCACAGACGUCAAACAUGCCGGAUAUCUGUUACCCGAAUAGUGGAUAUAACGCUUCCUGUCAUGCCUCGGAUAACCUGCUUGCAUGGGGUACCUUGAAUGCCAAGACGGAGGACGUGAAACCGUACUACGAUGAUCGGGACGUUCUUCACUCGCAGCUCGUUCAUGAUGUAUUUGGUGCGUUUUUCCGCGAGAGGAACCCAAAUCCGAAUUUGGAGUUCUUGAAGGUUCGUGGUCCUGCGUAUGCAAGUACGCUUUCUAUAUUUGGUGGGGAGGUUGGUUCGAAUUCCUCGCUUGGGAGUACUGAGAAUGGGUUUGUUAUUGAGCAGUAUACGGCCGAUGAGCGGAAUUUGACGCUUCUGGGGAUGCCGCCCUCUAGUACGGCUAAUUUUGAGGACGAAGAUAUCUGUGCUGUGCUGCGUGAUUACGGGUUUACUUUCCAAAGGGCCCGUCUCUCUGAUUAG